UGCCGUUUUAAAGUAGUGAUCUAUGUAUGGCGACUGGCAGUAAACUUUAAAUUACAAUUAGGUUAUUUUAAAAAUAUGCUAUCAAAAAUGUGAUAGAUUUCACUAUGACGGCAAAAAGGAAAAUAUUCAAUGAUGUCUUUGUGAUUAAUACGGUUAAAACCGGACAGUGAGAGGCACACUGAACUUCAAUAUAAAGCUAAAGAGAUUCCGAUUGAUAAGGUCUACGAUCCGUCGGCAUCAGCUCAGAUCCAAACUCAUGGAUACUUUCGGCUCGAAAAUCAAAACCGUUUCAAUUGGCUAGGAGGCUCCGUGGACGAUUACAAUGAUGGGUUUGCGAAUGUUGUCCAUACGAUAGUUUACAAGUGUUUUGGAACCAUUCGUACACCCAACUCUCAAACCCGUGGAUGAAUGUCGUCGAAUCGUUUUAUGCGUACGUAUUAAGCUAGAUAUAAAAUAUAUUAAUACUUUAGUAUCACAGUUUCGAGUUCUUUGGACAUAUCGCCAGAAAGAGAGGUGACAAUCUGGAAAAGCUGCUGGUAACAGGCAAGGUAUGCUGGAGAAGGCACAGAGGCAGAAACCCAAUGUGCUGGUCGGACCAAAUACGCUCCACUCUCAAUACCUCAGUCCACGUUGCUACCCCAACAGCCGAGGGCAGGCAGGAAUGGCGCAAGAUAAUGCAAGUUAUUAGAGGAGGCCACGACCCUCAGCACUGAGGAUUAUCGACGCAAGGAGGAGGAUCACAAUACGACAUAAGAGAGGAAGCCACUCCUCUCAUCAAACAACGAAUGAAACCAUCAUAUGAGAGAUUACCACUCAUUUUUCGAUGUGGCCAUGGCGUUCUUUAUAAAAAACAAAAUGUUUGGUUUAACAAUAACUUUGAACACUUUAUCAUGGGCUGGAUUAAUAAUGCGAGAUCAAUACACGAAGACUCAAAGGAUCAUCGUCAGAGUGUAUGCAUGGCUGGUUUUCCUAUAUCUAUUUGUUGCUGCAGCUUGCGUACAAAUCGCGGACAUUAUUGACAUCUGGGGUGACAUUAAUCUCAUGGCGGAAACAGCUUUGCUUCUCUUUAUGGAAUUCGCAGUGAUUUCUAAGAUUUUAACCUUGUUAUUGAGAUACGAUAGAAUAAUGGAGAUCAUCAAUGGAACUGAAGAAAUAUUGUAUUUUGAAAACGGAUUGGAAGGCCAAAGGAUUAUCGCAAGUGUCGAUAAAGAGACGACCCGGUUUUUACAGUUCAACAGUGCAUUUGUUGUUUUGUCGACUACUUUCUGGUUCACGGGUGAGCAUAGCAGCACAUUUUUCAUUCGAGCUAAAUACCCGUUUAAUGAACUGAAAUCACCCGGCUAUGAGUUUGCACUUAUACAUCAGUGCAUGAUGAUGGUAUUCACGGGAUAUACUGUGUUCAAUAUUAAUAUCUUCUUCGCGUCGGUGGUCGCAGGCUGCCGUUGUAGACUAAAGCUAGUGGCUUUGUCGAUACGAAAUAUCUGCAUCAAUAUACCGGUGAACAAAAAGAAUCUUAUAACACCGGAAGAAGAAAAAAUCGUUAAAGAAAGGCUUCACUGUGCUAUUUCGCAACAUAAGUGUGCUCUGAACGCAGCGAAGGAUAUUAAGAAUUGUAUAUCCGAAUUUCUUUUGGUGCAAUUCACCGUAUCCAUUAUUAUCAUCUGCACUACUGCAUAUCAAUUGGCUGUGAACAAAGCAAUUGGUAAUAUACAAAAAACAUCAAUGUUUGGGUAUAUCCUUGGAGCGUCACUUGAAGUUUUCUUAUUUUGCUUUCAAGGAGAAUUUCUUCGUAAUGCGGUACGUGAUUGUGAAGAAAUUGCGGAUGCUGCAUAUGAAUGUCCAUGGUACACCCUCACUCAACCUUUGAAAAGGACCCUUUUAAUAAUCAUGAUGCGAGCACAGAGCCCCGUCAUUCUCACGGCGGGGGGUUUCAUUGAUUUGUCCAUCAGAGAAUUUAUGGGAAUACUGAAAGCAUCCUACAGUUUUUUCACGGUUCUCCAACAAGUCAGCGAAUAAGACAAUGCAUAUUAACUAUCUCAAGUUUGUCAAGAUUUUUCUUCUCACAUUACCUAAUUUAAAUAAUUUUAUGCCAUUGUGUGAUCAACACCUAAACCUUUUCUUACACUUUCUGAACACCUUAACUACAAAUUUUAUAAAAAAAUCAUAAUAAAUGGAAAUCGUCUACAAACAACAGACCUUCCAACAUCAUCGUCGAGUGGAAGAGCACGAUCGUUCACCAUCGCCACCUUUUUGGAACAACGAGGCGAAAUGGAUCAUCAUUAUCAUUAAUGGAUCGGGAGGAUCCGUAAUGACGUGCUUAGGGCGACGUCGACUGUUUACCAUUCGGUCUACAGGAUCGGGUAUAUAAUUCCCGGAGGCCACGACAAGAGGGUUUUCAUGUCGUGCCGCCUUUUCGAAGUGGCGCAAUGAUAGCGACUGUAGACAGAGUCAAGCUCCAAGUCAUCAUGGAAAUCCACGUUUCUUAGGAACCAUGGUGCUCCGACGGCUAUUCUGCAAAAACGGGAUUGGAUAACUUGAAGAGGUUUCAAGUUGGUCUGCUGCUUUAAUGUGCUGUCACAUGCGUUGCAAUAAGCAUAUAAAUAAGAAUGAAUAAUAAUACGAGCACAUUCUGGUGUUUUAUAACAAAAACUAGAUGAUGACCGGUUUUUUUUUAUAACGCCAUCUUGUUGUGUCUUUAAAGUUAAGAAAAAUAGUAUUAUUAUUCGCCAAUAGAUGUCGGGAAGAGUUGAUUAUUGAAAACACGAAUAAAACUACAUUUUCUGAAAAUAAAUCGUAGCUAGAUCGAUCUAUCGCCCCCGAAAUCCCCUGUAUACUAAAUUUUAUGAAAAUCGUUGGAGCCGUUUCCGAGAUUCAGAUUAUAAACAUAUAUAUAUUAAUAUGCAAGAAUUGCUCGUUUAAAGAUAUAAGUUAAGAUACAAUAUAAAUUAUCUAUAUCUGGCCAUAGGUACUGUUACAAUUAAAAAUAAAAAAAAAUCUAUUGCAAAUAACAUUUAUUACUUUUACAGUGUGUUAGUUUAAUACAUAAAUAUAAAACAAUUUAAAGUAUAAAAAGCUUAUUCGACGUGGUCUCCAUUGGCUGCAAUACAGUCCUUUAAACGUUGAGGCCAGUUAGAAGAAUAGAAGCACGCAUUCUUUCCAUGGGAAAAUUUAUCCCCAGCUGCAGCGGCAGCAGCUGCCCCUGGUUUACUGACUCAUCUUCGGAUAGUUAUUGUUAUUAUCGUUAUCCUCGGGCCUUUGUUAUCGAACCCACCCCUUGUGGCUGAGCCCAAGUUCUUUUAAUUUAUAUUGACAUUAAGUUUAUGAUGUAACAAUCUUUGAAUAAUUAAAAUAUUUUAAAAAAUUCACUUAAUAAUAAUAUAAUUUAAAUAUUAUUCAACUAAAUAAACACUUUCAAUGUU